CUCCGCUGGGCUACAUGCGACGACGCAGUUUUUUGCACACCCUCAAAAUAAAGUGAAUCUUGUGCCUGAAAAUGCCGUGGACUAGUGCCAACAGAAUCUACGCAAAACCCUCGAAUUCAAGUGCGGGCGAACCCGUAGUGGGUCCGAGUGCAGCGCGGCCGGCGCCCACCGCCGCCGCCGACUCGGGCGGUCGCUUCGAGCUCUGCGACCACGGCUACGGCAAGGGCUCCGUCAAGUUGCUACACGUGCACCGCGACGGCGACUACCACGCCAUCCGAGAGUUUGAGGUCUCCACCGAACUCAAACUCACAUCAGAAUCCGCUUACGUGGUAGGCGACAACAAAGAAGUUGUCGCGACAGAUUCUCAGAAGAACACAGUAUAUCUACUCGCGAAGAAACACGGAGUUAAAACGCCGGAGGAGUUCGGUGCGGUUGUUGUGAACCACUUCUUGUAUAUGUACAAGCAGAUAGUGGAGGCGAAGUGUCGUGUAGUGGAGUACCCCUGGGAGAGGCUGCAGGCCGGGACGCCGCAUAACCACGCUUUCGUGUUUUCACCAACAGCUACAAGAUGGUCUGAAGUUUCACAAAAAAGACAUGAGGCGGUCAAAGUGAAGUCUGGUCUGAGUGGUCUUCGAGUAUUGAAAACAACACAGUCUGCCUUCGUAGACUUUGUACAAGACGAAUAUACAACUUUAACAGACGCAGCUGAAAGAAUAUUUAGCACUGUCGUAGAAGCCGAAUGGACGUACGACAGCAUGCGGAGCGCGGACUUCGACAACGCGUGGCUCACUGUUAAAGACGCCAUAUUGGACAAGUUUGCGGGCCCCCCGGACACAGGGAUAUACUCACCUUCUGUCCAACAUACUUUGUAUUUAGCUGAGAAGACUGUUCUGGAAAAAGUUGCAGAGAUAACGUGGAUUAAGAUGACGAUGCCGAACAAACAUUACUUGAACAUUGAUGUAUCAAAAUUUCCCGCAAACGUGACUAAAGGGGACCCGCGCCACCACAUCUAUCAACCCAUAGACAAACCGGCGGGGCUGAUCUACGCGCAGCUACGGCGUAGACCAAAGAGCCAUUUGUGACACUCGUGGACUCGUAGCAGUCAGUCUACGGCGUCGGCUACGGCGUAGCUUGUUCUUGUCUCGACUUUCAGUCAGAAUGUACGCUAUGCGUUUAUGUGAUGGAUUUAUGUGCUUUAAAUAUUUUAAAAUACUCGUACCUAGGUCUCAAUGUUGAUGAUAGUCAGAAUAAAUUUUCUCAAAUACGCUAGGAAAAUAUGGAUUGGCUUGGAUAUUUAACGUAGUACUGAAUGUCGUCAUUUCCAUAACCCAAAUACAAUGUUUUAAACAUGACAAAUAGGAUACAGUUAUUCAAAAUUAAUGUAGUAUUGAAGCUCAGAACAGUUAACUAAAAACGGUAUUAUAAAAGAAAGUAAUCAAAAAAAGGUAUAUCCAUUUGUAUUGCAUGUAUGCGAUGGAAUUGAAACAUUAAAAAAAGAUAUAAGAAAGAAGAAGAAAGAAGUAAGUCAUAUAUACUGGAAAGGCGCAUUCAAAUGUUUUGUUAAAGUUAGUUAAGCGAUGCGCCUUAUGAUUAUUAUUUUAAGACCACAUAUGAAUAAUGUAAUUAAUAAGUAAAAUUUGUG